CGUCUUCCCAUAUCCUUCUCGUUGGUCAAACUCACCGAUUUCUUCCUUACCCGUGGUUAACGUCUUCAACAAUCAUGAGCGGCUCCAGGUGCAACACCUGUAGCCGUAGGAGUUCGCUUAGCCGUACCGGCGAAUUGCUGCCUGGUGUGAACGAUGGAGAGAGCGAUUCUUCCGUGGAGGUAUUUCCCGGGCUGGACGGAGAUGAAACUGAUCCAAUAGUUGUUUGCGGCUUUUCUUUCAAGUUCCCACAGGAAGCAACUUCUCCUGAAGGCCUCUGGGAGAUGAUGAUGGAGAGAAAAUGUGCAAUGACGGAGUUCCCUCCAGAUCGAAUCAAUCUGAACGGCUUCCACCAUCAGUACAGUCGGUUGAAUACGAUACCGAUCAAGGGCGGGCACUUUGUCAAAGACGAUCUAUCUGUCUUUGAUGCUGAAUUCUUUUCCCUUCCGCCCACUGAGGCGAGCUCGAUUGAUCCAAUGCAGAGGUGGCUUCUAGAGGUGGCGUACCGAGCGCUGGAAAACGCCGGUAUCACCAUGGAGAACAUAUCCGGAACUCGUACUGCAGUCUAUACGGGUUCUUUUGGUUUCGACUACAUGUUACAGUUAUGUCGAGAUCCUGAGAAUCCUCCGUUGUACGCAGCGCUCGGUUUUGGCAUCAGUAUGCUCGCAAAUCGACUUAGCUGGUUUUUCAAUCUUCGAGGACCGAGCAUAGGUCUUGAUUCAGCUUGUUCGAGUUCUGCAAUGGCUAUCGACAUUGCUUGCCAGUCGUUGCGCAAUGGUUCUUGUGACAUGGCCAUGAUCGCGGGAUGUAAUACCGCCAGCUCUCCGGAGUCAUAUAUGUGGAUGUCGAACAUUAACUUUCUAUCACCAGACAGCCGUUGCCAUUCCUUUGACCAUCGAGCUAACGGCUACGCUCGAGGGGAAGGUGUUGGAGUGGUCCUUCUAAAGAGGCUUUCUGAUGCCCUCAAAGAUGGAAAUACUAUCCGCGCAGUAAUCCGGUCAGCAGCCUCAAAUGAAGAUGGACGAACACCGGGGAUCACGCAACCCAGCCGUUCCGCUCAAGAACGCCUAAUCAAGGAGACUUACCGUAAAGCGGGACUCUCCAUGUCACACACCAGAUUCUUCGAAGCUCAUGGUACCGGUACUGCUAUAGGAGAUCCUCGCGAGGCACAAGCCAUUGGUUCGACCUUCCGGAAUUACCGUUCCACUGAAGAUCCAGUCUAUGUAGGAGCUGUCAAGUCUAAUAUCGGCCAUCUUGGAGGAGCUAGUGGUUUGGCGGCCCUCGUGAAGACCAUUCUUGUCCUGGAGAAAGGAAUAAUUCCUCCAAAUGCAAACUUCGAAAAGUUGAACCCCAGAAUUGACGCGGAGUUCUUGAAAGUCAAAUUUCCCGAAGAAGCGCACCCCUGGCCUAGGACGGGCCUUCGAAGGGCUUCAAUCAACUCAUUCGGUUAUGGAGGCGCAAACUCCCACAUCGUUAUUGACGACGCGUACAACUACCUACGCUUGAGGUCCUUAUCGGGAAAACAUCACACAUCGCCCCACCCACCGAGAUUAUCCCAUGUACGCGAUCUCGUGUGUGACGUAACACACAAGAAUGGAUACGUCUGCGAAGAAACACCGUGCAAAUUACUUCUCUGGAGCAGUGCGGACAAACAAGGCAUUUCCCGAAUGACGAGUCAGUUCCAAGGUUGGUAUAAGACCAGACGCUCGCCGAUAUCACGAACAUGGGGAACCUUCCUCGGCGAUCUAGCGUAUACUCUCGAUAGCCACCGAAGUCAGCUCCAGUGGAGAUCCUUUGCAUUGAUACAGACUGCAGCAGAACUCUCCGACUUACAGUCACGACUCUCUUCCCCAGUGAGAGUACGGUCCAAAGCGCCUCGGAUUGGGUUCGUAUUCAGCGGACAAGGCAGUCAAUGGUUUGCUAUGGGGAGGGAGCUCAUGACUUAUCCUUCUUUCGCGAUGGAAUUGAAUGAAGCUGAACAUUAUCUGAAGAGCUUAGGUUGCGAUUGGUCUGUGAAAGGCGAAUUACUGAAAGACAAGGACGAAUCCAACGUAGACAGCCCUGAGCUCAGUCAAACGCUUUGUACGGUUUUGCAGGUGGCGCUCGUCAACCUACUCCAAAGUUUUGGCGUAAUGCCCUCUGCUGUCGUUGGACAUUCCUCAGGUGAAAUCGCAGCCGCUUACGCCGGCGGAUAUAUUUCAUCGGAGUCAGCAUGGAAAUUGGCUUACUAUAGGGGCCUCUGCGCGAGGGUAUUGAUUGACGGUUCGAGUUCGAAGCCAGCAGGCGCCAUGAUGUCUGUUGGAUUAUCACAACAUCAGGCCGAAGACAUGGUCGCAGCCCUUAACCGACACGCGUCGACGUUCGGGAUAUGCAUUGCCUGCAUCAACAGUCCCAACAACAUAACAGUCGCCGGCGAAUCACGACUUAUAGACCAACUCAAAGCACAACUAGAUGCAAAGCGAGAGUUUGCACGGAAGCUCCGCGUACCAGUAGCCUAUCACUCUGGCCAGAUGGAAGAUGUCUCUAGGGAGUACCUAUCAAUCAUUCAGUCGGUAUCGAAACCUCAUCACACUAAACGACGUAUCCCAAUGAUAUCCAGCGUUACCGGAGCGCGGGCUGUAGCAGAACAACUCAUGGAUCCGUCUUACUGGGCGCUGAACAUGACGUCACCUGUGCUGUUUGCUCAGGCUGUGACAGUCAUGUGCGAGCAGCCCGACGCUGUUAAGAAAAUCGACCGAAGCCAUCUAUUUGCGUCAGUUGUGGAUCACCUGCUAGAGGUAGGACCACACGCAACACUGCAAGGACCGCUCCGCGAGAUUCUUCGCCGCACCGCGCGCGGGAAGUCCAUUGGCUACAACUCAGUUUUGAAAAGAGGCCACUCGGCUGCUGAAUCAACACUCAACGCUCUGGGCUAUCUUCACUGUAUUGGAUAUGCCGUAAACCUACGGGCAAUCAACACGUCGCCACUGGAAGCCUCGAGCCGAGCCCUACCUUCAUUACUUGUCGAUCUGCCAGAGUACCCAUUCGAUCAUUCUCAGCGCUAUUGGGACGAAAGCCGACUAAGCAGAAACUAUCGCCUGAGAUCAUUGCGCCCUACACAGCUACUGGGUGUUCAGUCUAGGGACUGGAAUGCCUCUGAAGCGCGAUGGCGUGUUUUCAUUCGUGUUGCGGAGAUGCCUUGGGCUGAGCAGCACGUCAUCAACGGGGUUGCUCUGUAUCCAGCCACCGGUAUGCUCGUAAUGGCGAUCGAAGCCGCAAAACAAUUAAUAGGGGGAGCUCACGCGAUACACGGCUACACCCUUCGUGAUGUGCAUAUUGAAGGCCCAAUGGACCUAGGCAAUGCUGCUGGGGAUUUAGAAGUGCAAACUCAUCUGCGCAAGCUAGAACACACGAAUCCCGAUGUAAAAAUAUUCGAGUUUGCUAUCCGUACCUGGUCUAACGAGGACUGGCUCAUCAACUGCCGCGGCUUUAUUGCCGUAGAGUUGUCUGCAACACUCAACGGUUGGGUGGGACAAAAGAAUAUAAAACGGCAACGUGCCAUCGCGAAAGACCUCGAAGCGUCGAAAUCCCACUGUACGGAGCCAGUUGAUGCUAGACAUAUGUACACCUUUCUUGAGCAAAACGGAUACAAAUACGGGUCGGCCUUUCGCACGGCGCAGCAACAACACUAUAAUGGAGAAUCCAGCCAAGCCACGGCCGAAGUGGAGCUAUAUCGACUAUCAGAGGAUGACCAUGUCGUUCAUCCGGUUUCACUCGAUGCUAUCCUUCAUCUCGCCUUUACAGCCUUAUCUUGCGGGGGCACAAAGCCAAUGGCGACAAGUAUCCCUUCUCGGAUUGGAUGUCUUUGGGUGUCAAGCGAAGGCCUGUCGUGGCCUGAUCAAUCAACAAUGACGGCUUGUACCACUAUUCAGAGCGUCACCAAGCGCGGAUUUUCCUGUACUGGUGGGGCAUUGAGCAGUGAUCCCUCGGGACGGUUACGGUUGUGGUAUGAGGAUUUCGAACUAGUCAACAUCACUUCGAAAGCGACAGAAGCCGCGCUUUUCCCAAACCCGAAACAGUUCUGCAUGAACAUAGAGUAUAAGGUCGCGUUGGACAAGCUGAGCUCCUCGGAGAUACGCGAUUUGCUUCGCAGCUCCCGUCCUAUUACUCAGGAUCUGUCAGGCUUCUAUCAAGACAUACAGCUACUCGUUCUCACUACCUUGGAACUACUGGUCGAGGCUGUAGACCUCACUGCACUCGAGAGACAAGAGCCAUGGAAAAGGUGGUACUUGAGCUGGGCUGAGCACCAGCUUAAAGAACAUUGUCCUGGCUCGCAUACCCGCAAUAUACGUCAAUCGUUCCAAGCGCUCAGCGAAAGUAUUUCCAGCACAAGUAAAAUGGGUCGUCUCUAUGCGGAGGUGGCUUCAAACAUCAUUGCAAUGUUUAACGACGAAGUUCAACCACUCGAACUCUUACUGGAGUCCGGUCUGCUGAAAGGUGGGUAUGAUGAGUGGGCCGAUUAUGACUGUGCGAAGCAAGCCGCAAGCUACAUCGAUUUGCUAGCUCAUCAAAGGCCCGGCAUGAACCUUCUCGAAGUUGGCGGCGGCACCGGAGCAACCACGAGGAACUUUACCAGCGCACUUCGAGCAGGUGCAAAUACGCCCAUGCGUUCUUUACGAUGCAACCGUUACGAUUUCACUGAUAUCUCUGUUGCAUUUUUGGAGAAGGCCAGAACAGAAUUCGCCGAUUUUGUUUGGCAGAUGACGUUCAGAACAUUGAACAUCGAGCACAAUUUUGCCGACCAAGGCUACACGGAAGGGUCCUACGAUAUUGUUGUAGCUGACAAUGUGCUUCAUGUUACAUCCAACCUAGGAAAGACACUGCGGAAUGUUCGAAAAGCGCUCAAGCCCGGAGGGAAGCUGAUUAUGCACGAGCUGCUUAGGUCAACUGGAUGGACCGCAGGAUUCAUCUUCGGUGUCUUUCCAGGAUGGUGGCUUGGAGUUGAGGAUGAUCGUGUUUUGUCGCCAAAUCUGACCCCCGAAGGGUGGGAUGAGGCAUUAAGAGCCAACGGAUUCUCUGGCGUCGACAUGGUCCUGCGUGACUUUGAUACUAAAGAUUCCCAUCAAGUGGGCUGGCUUGUGGCUACAGCAACGGAAGAGAAAUCGACCGUGUCACCAAUUGUACAACCUCAAUCGCGGCAUCAGGCAAUUGUGGUCAUUGACAAAAGCUUGGAGCAACAACGACUAUUAUCUGAUGACCUGCUUCCUCCGAUUUAUAAUCUGACUGGAUUGCAGCCUCACGUUCUGGACCUUGCAACUGCGGCCAACAUUGAGAUCAACAAAGAGGCGCUAGUCAUCCUUCUACUUGAUUACGGACCAUCCUUCCUUGCAGACUUGGAUGAGACGAAGUGGAAACCCAUGUCUUUUCUCAUACAGAAAUCGCGUCACCUGCUCUGGGUUUCGGCUGGCGGAGGCCGGGAGGCGAGCCCUGACCACGGUCUACUUGAUGGCCUUGCCAGAACCCUGCGAUCGGAGUACUAUGAUCUCCAUCUUGUGACAGUCGCUUUGGAGCUCGCCCAAACAAAGACCAACAAGGAAACGCAUUUGGUGGAGGUCGCUAGGGAGAUGCUCUCGAGGACACUCUACCAGAGUUACGAACAGGACUACACUGAGAUCGACGGCCUCCUACACACGAAACGUCUUGUCGAAGCACGUGAUCUCAAGUCAGCCAUGGAUGCAAGAGUUAUACCAUACGAAGUGUUGUCGACGCCUCUUGACGGACAGAUUCGGUUCAAAGUGUCCACGUCGUCGUUUCCGGGAUCUGACAUGGAAUCGCACUACGUCCGAAUACCUGAACCUUUAUCAAAAAGCCUUGCUGGAGGCACGGUGGAGAUUCUAGUCCGAGCAGUCUCCCUCCGGUUUGGAGAUCGCAGCACACUCCUGGGGGGAGGCGAUAAUCCUUUGUACGGCAGUUAUUGCUCGGGAACAGUUCUUAGCGCUGGUUCAGACUGCGCAUUUGAACCAGGGGAUCGCGUUAUUGCUGCCCAUGCAGGAUCAUUCCGCUCGCAUGUCCGGGUUCAACGCCAAUUCGUAACCAAAUUGCCGGCUGCUCUAUCUUUUACCGAUGCAUGUAUCUUCAUUCCCCUUCUCGCGAGUGCAUAUAAUGCAUUCGUUGAGGUAGGUAGAAUCAAGUAUGGCAAAUCAGUAUUGGUUCACGACGGAGCCAGCCCCUUUGGACAGGUUGCUAUACGACUGCUUAAGGAUCGGGGAGUGACAAGCAUAUGGACGACAGCUAGUAGCAAAGAGGAGAGCCAUGAGAUCACGGAGGGCCUGCAGCUUUCAGAAGAGCAUGUCUUCCCGAAAUCUUGGUUCGAAACUCAGUCAACACUUGCGACUCUAGGGAAGCGAAAGUUCGACAUUGUCUUUGGCGACCAUACAGAUUCCCCGAGGCUUCUACUGGACUACAUCACAUCCGGCGGCCAGUACGUUAGGUUCGGCCCUAUACCCUUGUUGGCCAAAGAUCGCCAGGUGGUCCAUUCCGCGCCUGAAAACAUACGUCUGGUCACGAUUCCUGUCGAGAUGGCAACCACAGAGGCUCUCAAAUAUGCGACCGACAUGUCUUCCUUAGUACCUACGAGCCUGAAAGAUGAGACUGUGGUCCUUCCAGCCUCUGAACUGGCUAGCAUCUUCUCGAGCUUGAAAAGCUCAGCCGACCGUAAAGGGGUCGUCGUGAGGUUUGACGAAUCAGAUAGUGUAGACGUCAGGGUUCAUCGUAGCCCUCCCCACCAUUUUGACUCUGAGUCCACAUACCUCAUCGCUGGGGGGUUUGGUGGUCUGGGCCGAGCGAUGGCCCGAUGGCUUGUCGGUCGGGGCGCUCGCUAUCUGAUUCUGCUCUCGCGAUCUGGUCCGCGGACCACCGAGGCCCGAGACCUCAUGAAGGAUCUUAUAGAAAAGGGUGUGCGUGUCGAAGCACCUUGUUGCGAUAUCUCCGACAGAUGGAGUUUGAGAUCUGCGUUGAACAGUUGUGUGGGAGAAUUGCCCCCUAUCAAAGGUUGCAUCCAGUCAACGAUGGUCAUGACGGAGCUCAUUUUCCAAAAAAUGGAAUUUCAAGACUGGAAAACAACAGUCGAUGGGAAGGCCCAAGGCUCCUGGAACCUUCACGCUGAGCUUCCAAAAGGCCUUGAUUUCUUCAUUCUCCUAUCGUCAGUCAUGGGCAUCCUUGGAACCGGAUCUCUCGCAGCAUAUAAUGCUGGGAAUGCCUACGCAGACGCUUUAGCUCACUACAGAAUCUCCCAAGGCGAACGCGCCGUGGCUAUCGAUUUAGGCGGUGUUCUCGAUGCCGGACAUCUUGCGGAACAUUCCCCUGAACUCGAAAACGUCCAGCGAGUGGAGAAGCAUGCACUCACAUGUGUAACGGAGAUUUGCGCUUUACUGGAUAUUUUCUGUGACCCAGAAAGCCCCUACGGAAAAAGCCCUACCGGCUGCCAGGCUAUCAUCGGGCUCCGUCCCCCAGCACAUUGGAAGGACCUCGAGGAGGUGCCUUUCACGAUGUCCCAGCCAUUUUGGGGUCAUAUGCAUCACGUUGCUCCUUUAGAUGGCCUUGACAAGGAUAGCGGCCGGAAAGCAGUACCGCGCGAGCAGAGCUUUGAUAUGGCAGGCACGCUCGCUGUCACUGGAUCCGUAGCAGAGGCUGCCGAAAUUGUUUCCAGAGCCCUUGUCCGUCGCAUUUCGAUCAUACUUGGUAUCCCCGAAGAUCGCCUGGAUGACCAUAAGCCAAUGCACCAGUUUGGAAUCGACUCCCUCUCUGCCAUCGAUAUUCGGAACUGGGUGGGUAAAGUAUUCAGUGUCGAUAUGCCCGUGUUUGACAUUUUGGGAGGUGCGACGUUUUCUAGUGCCAGCAUGACUAUUGCACAUAAAUUGCAGCUGAGGUAGUUGAUUCAUCAUACGUGGAAUAUCACGGCGUAGCCGUUAAUUAGGGAGUGAACGAAUUAGUCGAUAGUGGUAGCAAAUAGCAGAAGUUGUAGUCUUG